AUGGGGAUUCGAUUUUGUACAGAAGGCAAUGUAAUUUUAAUUGUAAUUGAGGACACCGAAGAAAUAACUGCCUUGAAGAAGAAGAAGAAGGAGAAGCAGAAGCGGGAAAAAAAGGAAAAUUUAGAAAAAAGAAUAAAAGCAGCCAAGAAGAUCCAGGCCUGGUGGCGUGGCACCCUGGUACGCCGGACUUUGUUGCAUGCAGCCCUCAGGGCCUGGAUCAUUCAGUGCUGGUGGAGACUGACCCUCCAAAGGCUGCUGCAGAAGAAGCGGAGGGAAGCCCUGAUCUCCUACGCACACACAGAGAGGGCACUGGUCAAGCUCCAGUCAUUGGUCCGUAUGUGGCGAGUCCACUGGCGAUACUGCCAGGUGCUCAACGCCAUCUACAUCAUCCAGUGCCACUGGCAAUGCCACAACUGCCAGACCUGUGCCCUCCUCCGAGGCCACUGUGUAGUCACAGCCACUCACCUGCAGUUUCACAUUGAGAUCAUUAACCCCUAA